AUGGCCGUAGACGCUCACACCCUCUCCCCGCAGCCCCUAGAGCUCGCGCAGCUCGCGACGCCAGCGCCUGGGCCGCCGCCCAGCCCCCCUCGAGCCCGCCAGGCGCCCGCGCCGCUGCCCCUUCGGCCGGCCCGGAGCCACAAGCCUCGCCCCGCCACCAGGUUCAGAAAUGCCCAGGGCUUGCGACAGCCGGGGCCCGCCAGCCAGCCGGGAGGAAGGACAGGGUCCCUCUCCGGUCCGCGCCAGACCCCGCGCCCCCGCCGCGCCCCCAACGCGUCCCCGCCACGCCCCCCACCCCGCGCACCGCCUCCCCGCCUCCCCGGACCCCUGACACCGCCACCCAGGGCGCGGACAAGCCAACGCGCUCCCGCCGCCGCCCCACAAGCCGCCUGCGCCUCGUCCUCCACUUGGUCUUCCCAAAGGGCCCUGACCCUGCUCCUCCGCCCAGCCAUCCUCCCUGCAGACGGGCAUCGCCACCUAGGCCCGGAGGAGGCGGCCUCCCCUCCGCCCCGGUGCCCUCGGCUCUCUGGCCUUCAGCGUCCGGCCCCACCGCCAGGCGCUCCAGGCCCUCCCUGCGUCUCCCAGCUGUCCGGGGCCAAACGGUUUGCCGCCCCUAGAGCUCGCGCAGCUCGCGACGCCAGCGCCUGGGCCGCCGCCCAGCCCCCCUCGAGCCCGCCAGGCGCCCGCGCCGCUGCCCCUUCGGCCGGCCCGGAGCCACAAGCCUCGCCCCGCCACCAGGUUCAGAAAUGCCCAGGGCUUGCGACAGCCGGGGCCCGCCAGCCAGCCGGGAGGAAGGACAGGGUCCCUCUCCGGUCCGCGCCAGACCCCGCGCCCCCGCCGCGCCCCCAACGCGUCCCCGCCACGCCCCCCACCCCGCGCACCGCCUCCCCGCCUCCCCGGACCCCUGACACCGCCACCCAGGGCGCGGACAAGCCAACGCGCUCCCGCCGCCGCCCCACAAGCCGCCUGCGCCUCGUCCUCCACUUGGUCUUCCCAAAGGGCCCUGACCCUGCUCCUCCGCCCAGCCAUCCUCCCUGCAGACGGGCAUCGCCACCUAGGCCCGGAGGAGGCGGCCUCCCCUCCGCCCCGGUGCCCUCGGCUCUCUGGCCUUCAGCGUCCGGCCCCACCGCCAGGCGCUCCAGGCCCUCCCUGCGUCUCCCAGCUGUCCGGGGCCAAACGGUUUGCCGGUGCGUGGAGAGCUCUGCCUGCUCGCCGCAGCGUGCCGCCCUCCAAGGGCCUCCUUCACCUUUCAAGGGCCAGCACAAAGCCCAGCCCCUAGAGCUCGCGCAGCUCGCGACGCCAGCGCCUGGGCCGCCGCCCAGCCCCCCUCGAGCCCGCCAGGCGCCCGCGCCGCUGCCCCUUCGGCCGGCCCGGAGCCACAAGCCUCGCCCCGCCACCAGGUUCAGAAAUGCCCAGGGCUUGCGACAGCCGGGGCCCGCCAGCCAGCCGGGAGGAAGGACAGGGUCCCUCUCCGGUCCGCGCCAGACCCCGCGCCCCCGCCGCGCCCCCAACGCGUCCCCGCCACGCCCCCCACCCCGCGCACCGCCUCCCCGCCUCCCCGGACCCCUGACACCGCCACCCAGGGCGCGGACAAGCCAACGCGCUCCCGCCGCCGCCCCACAAGCCGCCUGCGCCUCGUCCUCCACUUGGUCUUCCCAAAGGGCCCUGACCCUGCUCCUCCGCCCAGCCAUCCUCCCUGCAGACGGGCAUCGCCACCUAGGCCCGGAGGAGGCGGCCUCCCCUCCGCCCCGGUGCCCUCGGCUCUCUGGCCUUCAGCGUCCGGCCCCACCGCCAGGCGCUCCAGGCCCUCCCUGCGUCUCCCAGCUGUCCGGGGCCAAACGGUUUGCCGCCCCUAGAGCUCGCGCAGCUCGCGAGGCCAGCGCCUGGGCCGCCGCCCAGCCCCCCUCGAGCCCGCCAGGCGCCCGCGCCGCUGCCCCUUCGGCCGGCCCGGAGCCACAAGCCUCGCCCCGCCACCAGGUUCAGAAAUGCCCAGGGCUUGCGACAGCCGGGGCCCGCCAGCCAGCCGGGAGGAAGGACAGGGUCCCUCUCCGGUCCGCGCCAGACCCCGCGCCCCCGCCGCGCCCCCAACGCGUCCCCGCCACGCCCCCCACCCCGCGCACCGCCUCCCCGCCUCCCCGGACCCCUGACACCGCCACCCAGGGCGCGGACAAGCCAACGCGCUCCCGCCGCCGCCCCACAAGCCGCCUGCGCCUCGUCCUCCACUUGGUCUUCCCAAAGGGCCCUGACCCUGCUCCUCCGCCCAGCCAUCCUCCCUGCAGACGGGCAUCGCCACCUAGGCCCGGAGGAGGCGGCCUCCCCUCCGCCCCGGUGCCCUCGGCUCUCUGGCCUUCAGCGUCCGGCCCCACCGCCAGGCGCUCCAGGCCCUCCCUGCGUCUCCCAGCUGUCCGGGGCCAAACGGUUUGCCGGUGCGUGGAGAGCUCUGCCUGCUCGCCGCAGCGUGCCGCCCUCCAAGGGCCUCCUUCACCUUUCAAGGGCCAGCACAAAGCCCAGCCCCUAGAGCUCGCGCAGCUCGCGAGGCCAGCGCCUGGGCCGCCGCCCAGCCCCCCUCGAGCCCGCCAGGCGCCCGCGCCGCUGCCCCUUCGGCCGGCCCGGAGCCACAAGCCUCGCCCCGCCACCAGGUUCAGAAAUGCCCAGGGCUUGCGACAGCCGGGGCCCGCCAGCCAGCCGGGAGGAAGGACAGGGUCCCUCUCCGGUCCGCGCCAGACCCCGCGCCCCCGCCGCGCCCCCAACGCGUCCCCGCCACGCCCCCCACCCCGCGCACCGCCUCCCCGCCUCCCCGGACCCCUGACACCGCCACCCAGGGCGCGGACAAGCCAACGCGCUCCCGCCGCCGCCCCACAAGCCGCCUGCGCCUCGUCCUCCACUUGGUCUUCCCAAAGGGCCCUGACCCUGCUCCUCCGCCCAGCCAUCCUCCCUGCAGACGGGCAUCGCCACCUAGGCCCGGAGGAGGCGGCCUCCCCUCCGCCCCGGUGCCCUCGGCUCUCUGGCCUUCAGCGUCCGGCCCCACCGCCAGGCGCUCCAGGCCCUCCCUGCGUCUCCCAGCUGUCCGGGGCCAAACGGUUUGCCGCCCCUAGAGCUCGCGCAGCUCGCGAGGCCAGCGCCUGGGCCGCCGCCCAGCCCCCCUCGAGCCCGCCAGGCGCCCGCGCCGCUGCCCCUUCGGCCGGCCCGGAGCCACAAGCCUCGCCCCGCCACCAGGUUCAGAAAUGCCCAGGGCUUGCGACAGCCGGGGCCCGCCAGCCAGCCGGGAGGAAGGACAGGGUCCCUCUCCGGUCCGCGCCAGACCCCGCGCCCCCGCCGCGCCCCCAACGCGUCCCCGCCACGCCCCCCACCCCGCGCACCGCCUCCCCGCCUCCCCGGACCCCUGACACCGCCACCCAGGGCGCGGACAAGCCAACGCGCUCCCGCCGCCGCCCCACAAGCCGCCUGCGCCUCGUCCUCCACUUGGUCUUCCCAAAGGGCCCUGACCCUGCUCCUCCGCCCAGCCAUCCUCCCUGCAGACGGGCAUCGCCACCUAGGCCCGGAGGAGGCGGCCUCCCCUCCGCCCCGGUGCCCUCGGCUCUCUGGCCUUCAGCGUCCGGCCCCACCGCCAGGCGCUCCAGGCCCUCCCUGCGUCUCCCAGCUGUCCGGGGCCAAACGGUUUGCCGGUGCGUGGAGAGCUCUGCCUGCUCGCCGCAGCGUGCCGCCCUCCAAGGGCCUCCUUCACCUUUCAAGGGCCAGCACAAAGCCCAGCCCCUAGAGCUCGCGCAGCUCGCGAGGCCAGCGCCUGGGCCGCCGCCCAGCCCCCCUCGAGCCCGCCAGGCGCCCGCGCCGCUGCCCCUUCGGCCGGCCCGGAGCCACAAGCCUCGCCCCGCCACCAGGUUCAGAAAUGCCCAGGGCUUGCGACAGCCGGGGCCCGCCAGCCAGCCGGGAGGAAGGACAGGGUCCCUCUCCGGUCCGCGCCAGACCCCGCGCCCCCGCCGCGCCCCCAACGCGUCCCCGCCACGCCCCCCACCCCGCGCACCGCCUCCCCGCCUCCCCGGACCCCUGACACCGCCACCCAGGGCGCGGACAAGCCAACGCGCUCCCGCCGCCGCCCCACAAGCCGCCUGCGCCUCGUCCUCCACUUGGUCUUCCCAAAGGGCCCUGACCCUGCUCCUCCGCCCAGCCAUCCUCCCUGCAGACGGGCAUCGCCACCUAGGCCCGGAGGAGGCGGCCUCCCCUCCGCCCCGGUGCCCUCGGCUCUCUGGCCUUCAGCGUCCGGCCCCACCGCCAGGCGCUCCAGGCCCUCCCUGCGUCUCCCAGCUGUCCGGGGCCAAACGGUUUGCCGCCCUUGAGCUCGCGCAGCUCGCGAGGCCAGCGCCUGGGCCGCCGCCCAGCCCCCCUCGAGCCCGCCAGGCGCCCGCGCCGCUGCCCCUUCGGCCGGCCCGGAGCCACAAGCCUCGCCCCGCCACCAGGUUCAGAAAUGCCCAGGGCUUGCGACAGCCGGGGCCCGCCAGCCAGCCGGGAGGAAGGACAGGGUCCCUCUCCGGUCCGCGCCAGACCCCGCGCCCCCGCCGCGCCCCCAACGCGUCCCCGCCACGCCCCCCACCCCGCGCACCGCCUCCCCGCCUCCCCGGACCCCUGACACCGCCACCCAGGGCGCGGACAAGCCAACGCGCUCCCGCCGCCGCCCCACAAGCCGCCUGCGCCUCGUCCUCCACUUGGUCUUCCCAAAGGGCCCUGACCCUGCUCCUCCGCCCAGCCAUCCUCCCUGCAGACGGGCAUCGCCACCUAGGCCCGGAGGAGGCGGCCUCCCCUCCGCCCCGGUGCCCUCGGCUCUCUGGCCUUCAGCGUCCGGCCCCACCGCCAGGUGCUCCAGGCCCUCCCUGCGUCUCCCAGCUGUCCGGGGCCAAACGGUUUGCCGAGCUCGCGCAGCUCGCGACGCCAGCGCCUGGGCCGCCGCCCAGCCCCCCUCGAGCCCGCCAGGCGCCCGCGCCGCUGCCCCUUCGGCCGGCCCGGAGCCACAAGCCUCGCCCCGCCACCAGGUUCAGAAAUGCCCAGGGCUUGCGACAGCCGGGGCCCGCCAGCCAGCCGGGAGGAAGGACAGGGUCCCUCUCCGGUCCGCGCCAGACCCCGCGCCCCCGCCGCGCCCCCAACGCGUCCCCGCCACGCCCCCCACCCCGCGCACCGCCUCCCCGCCUCCCCGGACCCCUGACACCGCCACCCAGGGCGCGGACAAGCCAACGCGCUCCCGCCGCCGCCCCACAAGCCGCCUGCGCCUCGUCCUCCACUUGGUCUUCCCAAAGGGCCCUGACCCUGCUCCUCCGCCCAGCCAUCCUCCCUGCAGACGGGCAUCGCCACCUAGGCCCGGAGGAGGCGGCCUCCCCUCCGCCCCGGUGCCCUCGGCUCUCUGGCCUUCAGCGUCCGGCCCCACCGCCAGGCGCUCCAGGCCCUCCCUGCGUCUCCCAGCUGUCCGGGGCCAAACGGUUUGCCGCCCCUAGAGCUCGCGCAGCUCGCGAGGCCAGCGCCUGGGCCGCCGCCCAGCCCCCCUCGAGCCCGCCAGGCGCCCGCGCCGCUGCCCCUUCGGCCGGCCCGGAGCCACAAGCCUCGCCCCGCCACCAGGUUCAGAAAUGCCCAGGGCUUGCGACAGCCGGGGCCCGCCAGCCAGCCGGGAGGAAGGACAGGGUCCCUCUCCGGUCCGCGCCAGACCCCGCGCCCCCGCCGCGCCCCCAACGCGUCCCCGCCACGCCCCCCACCCCGCGCACCGCCUCCCCGCCUCCCCGGACCCCUGACACCGCCACCCAGGGCGCGGACAAGCCAACGCGCUCCCGCCGCCGCCCCACAAGCCGCCUGCGCCUCGUCCUCCACUUGGUCUUCCCAAAGGGCCCUGACCCUGCUCCUCCGCCCAGCCAUCCUCCCUGCAGACGGGCAUCGCCACCUAGGCCCGGAGGAGGCGGCCUCCCCUCCGCCCCGGUGCCCUCGGCUCUCUGGCCUUCAGCGUCCGGCCCCACCGCCAGGCGCUCCAGGCCCUCCCUGCGUCUCCCAGCUGUCCGGGGCCAAACGGUUUGCCGGUGCGUGGAGAGCUCUGCCUGCUCGCCGCAGCGUGCCGCCCUCCAAGGGCCUCCUUCACCUUUCAAGGGCCAGCACAAAGCCCAGCCCCUAGAGCUCGCGCAGCUCGCGACGCCAGCGCCUGGGCCGCCGCCCAGCCCCCCUCGAGCCCGCCAGGCGCCCGCGCCGCUGCCCCUUCGGCCGGCCCGGAGCCACAAGCCUCGCCCCGCCACCAGGUUCAGAAAUGCCCAGGGCUUGCGACAGCCGGGGCCCGCCAGCCAGCCGGGAGGAAGGACAGGGUCCCUCUCCGGUCCGCGCCAGACCCCGCGCCCCCGCCGCGCCCCCAACGCGUCCCCGCCACGCCCCCCACCCCGCGCACCGCCUCCCCGCCUCCCCGGACCCCUGACACCGCCACCCAGGGCGCGGACAAGCCAACGCGCUCCCGCCGCCGCCCCACAAGCCGCCUGCGCCUCGUCCUCCACUUGGUCUUCCCAAAGGGCCCUGACCCUGCUCCUCCGCCCAGCCAUCCUCCCUGCAGACGGGCAUCGCCACCUAGGCCCGGAGGAGGCGGCCUCCCCUCCGCCCCGGUGCCCUCGGCUCUCUGGCCUUCAGCGUCCGGCCCCACCGCCAGGCGCUCCAGGCCCUCCCUGCGUCUCCCAGCUGUCCGGGGCCAAACGGUUUGCCGCCCCUAGAGCUCGCGCAGCUCGCGACGCCAGCGCCUGGGCCGCCGCCCAGCCCCCCUCGAGCCCGCCAGGCGCCCGCGCCGCUGCCCCUUCGGCCGGCCCGGAGCCACAAGCCUCGCCCCGCCACCAGGUUCAGAAAUGCCCAGGGCUUGCGACAGCCGGGGCCCGCCAGCCAGCCGGGAGGAAGGACAGGGUCCCUCUCCGGUCCGCGCCAGACCCCGCGCCCCCGCCGCGCCCCCAACGCGUCCCCGCCACGCCCCCCACCCCGCGCACCGCCUCCCCGCCUCCCCGGACCCCUGACACCGCCACCCAGGGCGCGGACAAGCCAACGCGCUCCCGCCGCCGCCCCACAAGCCGCCUGCGCCUCGUCCUCCACUUGGUCUUCCCAAAGGGCCCUGACCCUGCUCCUCCGCCCAGCCAUCCUCCCUGCAGACGGGCAUCGCCACCUAGGCCCGGAGGAGGCGGCCUCCCCUCCGCCCCGGUGCCCUCGGCUCUCUGGCCUUCAGCGUCCGGCCCCACCGCCAGGCGCUCCAGGCCCUCCCUGCGUCUCCCAGCUGUCCGGGGCCAAACGGUUUGCCGGUGCGUGGAGAGCUCUGCCUGCUCGCCGCAGCGUGCCGCCCUCCAAGGGCCUCCUUCACCUUUCAAGGGCCAGCACAAAGCCCAGCCCCUAGAGCUCGCGCAGCUCGCGAGGCCAGCGCCUGGGCCGCCGCCCAGCCCCCCUCGAGCCCGCCAGGCGCCCGCGCCGCUGCCCCUUCGGCCGGCCCGGAGCCACAAGCCUCGCCCCGCCACCAGGUUCAGAAAUGCCCAGGGCUUGCGACAGCCGGGGCCCGCCAGCCAGCCGGGAGGAAGGACAGGGUCCCUCUCCGGUCCGCGCCAGACCCCGCGCCCCCGCCGCGCCCCCAACGCGUCCCCGCCACGCCCCCCACCCCGCGCACCGCCUCCCCGCCUCCCCGGACCCCUGACACCGCCACCCAGGGCGCGGACAAGCCAACGCGCUCCCGCCGCCGCCCCACAAGCCGCCUGCGCCUCGUCCUCCACUUGGUCUUCCCAAAGGGCCCUGACCCUGCUCCUCCGCCCAGCCAUCCUCCCUGCAGACGGGCAUCGCCACCUAGGCCCGGAGGAGGCGGCCUCCCCUCCGCCCCGGUGCCCUCGGCUCUCUGGCCUUCAGCGUCCGGCCCCACCGCCAGGCGCUCCAGGCCCUCCCUGCGUCUCCCAGCUGUCCGGGGCCAAACGGUUUGCCGCCCCUAGAGCUCGCGCAGCUCGCGAGGCCAGCGCCUGGGCCGCCGCCCAGCCCCCCUCGAGCCCGCCAGGCGCCCGCGCCGCUGCCCCUUCGGCCGGCCCGGAGCCACAAGCCUCGCCCCGCCACCAGGUUCAGAAAUGCCCAGGGCUUGCGACAGCCGGGGCCCGCCAGCCAGCCGGGAGGAAGGACAGGGUCCCUCUCCGGUCCGCGCCAGACCCCGCGCCCCCGCCGCGCCCCCAACGCGUCCCCGCCACGCCCCCCACCCCGCGCACCGCCUCCCCGCCUCCCCGGACCCCUGACACCGCCACCCAGGGCGCGGACAAGCCAACGCGCUCCCGCCGCCGCCCCACAAGCCGCCUGCGCCUCGUCCUCCACUUGGUCUUCCCAAAGGGCCCUGACCCUGCUCCUCCGCCCAGCCAUCCUCCCUGCAGACGGGCAUCGCCACCUAGGCCCGGAGGAGGCGGCCUCCCCUCCGCCCCGGUGCCCUCGGCUCUCUGGCCUUCAGCGUCCGGCCCCACCGCCAGGCGCUCCAGGCCCUCCCUGCGUCUCCCAGCUGUCCGGGGCCAAACGGUUUGCCGGUGCGUGGAGAGCUCUGCCUGCUCGCCGCAGCGUGCCGCCCUCCAAGGGCCUCCUUCACCUUUCAAGGGCCAGCACAAAGCCCAGCCCCUAGAGCUCGCGCAGCUCGCGAGGCCAGCGCCUGGGCCGCCGCCCAGCCCCCCUCGAGCCCGCCAGGCGCCCGCGCCGCUGCCCCUUCGGCCGGCCCGGAGCCACAAGCCUCGCCCCGCCACCAGGUUCAGAAAUGCCCAGGGCUUGCGACAGCCGGGGCCCGCCAGCCAGCCGGGAGGAAGGACAGGGUCCCUCUCCGGUCCGCGCCAGACCCCGCGCCCCCGCCGCGCCCCCAACGCGUCCCCGCCACGCCCCCCACCCCGCGCACCGCCUCCCCGCCUCCCCGGACCCCUGACACCGCCACCCAGGGCGCGGACAAGCCAACGCGCUCCCGCCGCCGCCCCACAAGCCGCCUGCGCCUCGUCCUCCACUUGGUCUUCCCAAAGGGCCCUGACCCUGCUCCUCCGCCCAGCCAUCCUCCCUGCAGACGGGCAUCGCCACCUAGGCCCGGAGGAGGCGGCCUCCCCUCCGCCCCGGUGCCCUCGGCUCUCUGGCCUUCAGCGUCCGGCCCCACCGCCAGGCGCUCCAGGCCCUCCCUGCGUCUCCCAGCUGUCCGGGGCCAAACGGUUUGCCGCCCCUAGAGCUCGCGCAGCUCGCGAGGCCAGCGCCUGGGCCGCCGCCCAGCCCCCCUCGAGCCCGCCAGGCGCCCGCGCCGCUGCCCCUUCGGCCGGCCCGGAGCCACAAGCCUCGCCCCGCCACCAGGUUCAGAAAUGCCCAGGGCUUGCGACAGCCGGGGCCCGCCAGCCAGCCGGGAGGAAGGACAGGGUCCCUCUCCGGUCCGCGCCAGACCCCGCGCCCCCGCCGCGCCCCCAACGCGUCCCCGCCACGCCCCCCACCCCGCGCACCGCCUCCCCGCCUCCCCGGACCCCUGACACCGCCACCCAGGGCGCGGACAAGCCAACGCGCUCCCGCCGCCGCCCCACAAGCCGCCUGCGCCUCGUCCUCCACUUGGUCUUCCCAAAGGGCCCUGACCCUGCUCCUCCGCCCAGCCAUCCUCCCUGCAGACGGGCAUCGCCACCUAGGCCCGGAGGAGGCGGCCUCCCCUCCGCCCCGGUGCCCUCGGCUCUCUGGCCUUCAGCGUCCGGCCCCACCGCCAGGCGCUCCAGGCCCUCCCUGCGUCUCCCAGCUGUCCGGGGCCAAACGGUUUGCCGGUGCGUGGAGAGCUCUGCCUGCUCGCCGCAGCGUGCCGCCCUCCAAGGGCCUCCUUCACCUUUCAAGGGCCAGCACAAAGCCCAGCCCCUAGAGCUCGCGCAGCUCGCGAGGCCAGCGCCUGGGCCGCCGCCCAGCCCCCCUCGAGCCCGCCAGGCGCCCGCGCCGCUGCCCCUUCGGCCGGCCCGGAGCCACAAGCCUCGCCCCGCCACCAGGUUCAGAAAUGCCCAGGGCUUGCGACAGCCGGGGCCCGCCAGCCAGCCGGGAGGAAGGACAGGGUCCCUCUCCGGUCCGCGCCAGACCCCGCGCCCCCGCCGCGCCCCCAACGCGUCCCCGCCACGCCCCCCACCCCGCGCACCGCCUCCCCGCCUCCCCGGACCCCUGACACCGCCACCCAGGGCGCGGACAAGCCAACGCGCUCCCGCCGCCGCCCCACAAGCCGCCUGCGCCUCGUCCUCCACUUGGUCUUCCCAAAGGGCCCUGACCCUGCUCCUCCGCCCAGCCAUCCUCCCUGCAGACGGGCAUCGCCACCUAGGCCCGGAGGAGGCGGCCUCCCCUCCGCCCCGGUGCCCUCGGCUCUCUGGCCUUCAGCGUCCGGCCCCACCGCCAGGCGCUCCAGGCCCUCCCUGCGUCUCCCAGCUGUCCGGGGCCAAACGGUUUGCCGCCCUUGAGCUCGCGCAGCUCGCGAGGCCAGCGCCUGGGCCGCCGCCCAGCCCCCCUCGAGCCCGCCAGGCGCCCGCGCCGCUGCCCCUUCGGCCGGCCCGGAGCCACAAGCCUCGCCCCGCCACCAGGUUCAGAAAUGCCCAGGGCUUGCGACAGCCGGGGCCCGCCAGCCAGCCGGGAGGAAGGACAGGGUCCCUCUCCGGUCCGCGCCAGACCCCGCGCCCCCGCCGCGCCCCCAACGCGUCCCCGCCACGCCCCCCACCCCGCGCACCGCCUCCCCGCCUCCCCGGACCCCUGACACCGCCACCCAGGGCGCGGACAAGCCAACGCGCUCCCGCCGCCGCCCCACAAGCCGCCUGCGCCUCGUCCUCCACUUGGUCUUCCCAAAGGGCCCUGACCCUGCUCCUCCGCCCAGCCAUCCUCCCUGCAGACGGGCAUCGCCACCUAGGCCCGGAGGAGGCGGCCUCCCCUCCGCCCCGGUGCCCUCGGCUCUCUGGCCUUCAGCGUCCGGCCCCACCGCCAGGUGCUCCAGGCCCUCCCUGCGUCUCCCAGCUGUCCGGGGCCAAACGGUUUGCCGAGCUCGCGCAGCUCGCGACGCCAGCGCCUGGGCCGCCGCCCAGCCCCCCUCGAGCCCGCCAGGCGCCCGCGCCGCUGCCCCUUCGGCCGGCCCGGAGCCACAAGCCUCGCCCCGCCACCAGGUUCAGAAAUGCCCAGGGCUUGCGACAGCCGGGGCCCGCCAGCCAGCCGGGAGGAAGGACAGGGUCCCUCUCCGGUCCGCGCCAGACCCCGCGCCCCCGCCGCGCCCCCAACGCGUCCCCGCCACGCCCCCCACCCCGCGCACCGCCUCCCCGCCUCCCCGGACCCCUGACACCGCCACCCAGGGCGCGGACAAGCCAACGCGCUCCCGCCGCCGCCCCACAAGCCGCCUGCGCCUCGUCCUCCACUUGGUCUUCCCAAAGGGCCCUGACCCUGCUCCUCCGCCCAGCCAUCCUCCCUGCAGACGGGCAUCGCCACCUAGGCCCGGAGGAGGCGGCCUCCCCUCCGCCCCGGUGCCCUCGGCUCUCUGGCCUUCAGCGUCCGGCCCCACCGCCAGGCGCUCCAGGCCCUCCCUGCGUCUCCCAGCUGUCCGGGGCCAAACGGUUUGCCGCCCCUAGAGCUCGCGCAGCUCGCGAGGCCAGCGCCUGGGCCGCCGCCCAGCCCCCCUCGAGCCCGCCAGGCGCCCGCGCCGCUGCCCCUUCGGCCGGCCCGGAGCCACAAGCCUCGCCCCGCCACCAGGUUCAGAAAUGCCCAGGGCUUGCGACAGCCGGGGCCCGCCAGCCAGCCGGGAGGAAGGACAGGGUCCCUCUCCGGUCCGCGCCAGACCCCGCGCCCCCGCCGCGCCCCCAACGCGUCCCCGCCACGCCCCCCACCCCGCGCACCGCCUCCCCGCCUCCCCGGACCCCUGACACCGCCACCCAGGGCGCGGACAAGCCAACGCGCUCCCGCCGCCGCCCCACAAGCCGCCUGCGCCUCGUCCUCCACUUGGUCUUCCCAAAGGGCCCUGACCCUGCUCCUCCGCCCAGCCAUCCUCCCUGCAGACGGGCAUCGCCACCUAGGCCCGGAGGAGGCGGCCUCCCCUCCGCCCCGGUGCCCUCGGCUCUCUGGCCUUCAGCGUCCGGCCCCACCGCCAGGCGCUCCAGGCCCUCCCUGCGUCUCCCAGCUGUCCGGGGCCAAACGGUUUGCCGGUGCGUGGAGAGCUCUGCCUGCUCGCCGCAGCGUGCCGCCCUCCAAGGGCCUCCUUCACCUUUCAAGGGCCAGCACAAAGCCCAGCCCCUAGAGCUCGCGCAGCUCGCGACGCCAGCGCCUGGGCCGCCGCCCAGCCCCCCUCGAGCCCGCCAGGCGCCCGCGCCGCUGCCCCUUCGGCCGGCCCGGAGCCACAAGCCUCGCCCCGCCACCAGGUUCAGAAAUGCCCAGGGCUUGCGACAGCCGGGGCCCGCCAGCCAGCCGGGAGGAAGGACAGGGUCCCUCUCCGGUCCGCGCCAGACCCCGCGCCCCCGCCGCGCCCCCAACGCGUCCCCGCCACGCCCCCCACCCCGCGCACCGCCUCCCCGCCUCCCCGGACCCCUGACACCGCCACCCAGGGCGCGGACAAGCCAACGCGCUCCCGCCGCCGCCCCACAAGCCGCCUGCGCCUCGUCCUCCACUUGGUCUUCCCAAAGGGCCCUGACCCUGCUCCUCCGCCCAGCCAUCCUCCCUGCAGACGGGCAUCGCCACCUAGGCCCGGAGGAGGCGGCCUCCCCUCCGCCCCGGUGCCCUCGGCUCUCUGGCCUUCAGCGUCCGGCCCCACCGCCAGGCGCUCCAGGCCCUCCCUGCGUCUCCCAGCUGUCCGGGGCCAAACGGUUUGCCGAGCUCGCGCAGCUCGCGACGCCAGCGCCUGGGCCGCCGCCCAGCCCCCCUCGAGCCCGCCAGGCGCCCGCGCCGCUGCCCCUUCGGCCGGCCCGGAGCCACAAGCCUCGCCCCGCCACCAGGUUCAGAAAUGCCCAGGGCUUGCGACAGCCGGGGCCCGCCAGCCAGCCGGGAGGAAGGACAGGGUCCCUCUCCGGUCCGCGCCAGACCCCGCGCCCCCGCCGCGCCCCCAACGCGUCCCCGCCACGCCCCCCACCCCGCGCACCGCCUCCCCGCCUCCCCGGACCCCUGACACCGCCACCCAGGGCGCGGACAAGCCAACGCGCUCCCGCCGCCGCCCCACAAGCCGCCUGCGCCUCGUCCUCCACUUGGUCUUCCCAAAGGGCCCUGACCCUGCUCCUCCGCCCAGCCAUCCUCCCUGCAGACGGGCAUCGCCACCUAGGCCCGGAGGAGGCGGCCUCCCCUCCGCCCCGGUGCCCUCGGCUCUCUGGCCUUCAGCGUCCGGCCCCACCGCCAGGCGCUCCAGGCCCUCCCUGCGUCUCCCAGCUGUCCGGGGCCAAACGGUUUGCCGCCCCUAGAGCUCGCGCAGCUCGCGAGGCCAGCGCCUGGGCCGCCGCCCAGCCCCCCUCGAGCCCGCCAGGCGCCCGCGCCGCUGCCCCUUCGGCCGGCCCGGAGCCACAAGCCUCGCCCCGCCACCAGGUUCAGAAAUGCCCAGGGCUUGCGACAGCCGGGGCCCGCCAGCCAGCCGGGAGGAAGGACAGGGUCCCUCUCCGGUCCGCGCCAGACCCCGCGCCCCCGCCGCGCCCCCAACGCGUCCCCGCCACGCCCCCCACCCCGCGCACCGCCUCCCCGCCUCCCCGGACCCCUGACACCGCCACCCAGGGCGCGGACAAGCCAACGCGCUCCCGCCGCCGCCCCACAAGCCGCCUGCGCCUCGUCCUCCACUUGGUCUUCCCAAAGGGCCCUGACCCUGCUCCUCCGCCCAGCCAUCCUCCCUGCAGACGGGCAUCGCCACCUAGGCCCGGAGGAGGCGGCCUCCCCUCCGCCCCGGUGCCCUCGGCUCUCUGGCCUUCAGCGUCCGGCCCCACCGCCAGGCGCUCCAGGCCCUCCCUGCGUCUCCCAGCUGUCCGGGGCCAAACGGUUUGCCGGUGCGUGGAGAGCUCUGCCUGCUCGCCGCAGCGUGCCGCCCUCCAAGGGCCUCCUUCACCUUUCAAGGGCCAGCACAAAGCCCAGCCCCUAGAGCUCGCGCAGCUCGCGAGGCCAGCGCCUGGGCCGCCGCCCAGCCCCCCUCGAGCCCGCCAGGCGCCCGCGCCGCUGCCCCUUCGGCCGGCCCGGAGCCACAAGCCUCGCCCCGCCACCAGGUUCAGAAAUGCCCAGGGCUUGCGACAGCCGGGGCCCGCCAGCCAGCCGGGAGGAAGGACAGGGUCCCUCUCCGGUCCGCGCCAGACCCCGCGCCCCCGCCGCGCCCCCAACGCGUCCCCGCCACGCCCCCCACCCCGCGCACCGCCUCCCCGCCUCCCCGGACCCCUGACACCGCCACCCAGGGCGCGGACAAGCCAACGCGCUCCCGCCGCCGCCCCACAAGCCGCCUGCGCCUCGUCCUCCACUUGGUCUUCCCAAAGGGCCCUGACCCUGCUCCUCCGCCCAGCCAUCCUCCCUGCAGACGGGCAUCGCCACCUAGGCCCGGAGGAGGCGGCCUCCCCUCCGCCCCGGUGCCCUCGGCUCUCUGGCCUUCAGCGUCCGGCCCCACCGCCAGGCGCUCCAGGCCCUCCCUGCGUCUCCCAGCUGUCCGGGGCCAAACGGUUUGCCGCCCUUGAGCUCGCGCAGCUCGCGAGGCCAGCGCCUGGGCCGCCGCCCAGCCCCCCUCGAGCCCGCCAGGCGCCCGCGCCGCUGCCCCUUCGGCCGGCCCGGAGCCACAAGCCUCGCCCCGCCACCAGGUUCAGAAAUGCCCAGGGCUUGCGACAGCCGGGGCCCGCCAGCCAGCCGGGAGGAAGGACAGGGUCCCUCUCCGGUCCGCGCCAGACCCCGCGCCCCCGCCGCGCCCCCAACGCGUCCCCGCCACGCCCCCCACCCCGCGCACCGCCUCCCCGCCUCCCCGGACCCCUGACACCGCCACCCAGGGCGCGGACAAGCCAACGCGCUCCCGCCGCCGCCCCACAAGCCGCCUGCGCCUCGUCCUCCACUUGGUCUUCCCAAAGGGCCCUGACCCUGCUCCUCCGCCCAGCCAUCCUCCCUGCAGACGGGCAUCGCCACCUAGGCCCGGAGGAGGCGGCCUCCCCUCCGCCCCGGUGCCCUCGGCUCUCUGGCCUUCAGCGUCCGGCCCCACCGCCAGGUGCUCCAGGCCCUCCCUGCGUCUCCCAGCUGUCCGGGGCCAAACGGUUUGCCGCCCCUAGAGCUCGCGCAGCUCGCGACGCCAGCGCCUGGGCCGCCGCCCAGCCCCCCUCGAGCCCGCCAGGCGCCCGCGCCGCUGCCCCUUCGGCCGGCCCGGAGCCACAAGCCUCGCCCCGCCACCAGGUUCAGAAAUGCCCAGGGCUUGCGACAGCCGGGGCCCGCCAGCCAGCCGGGAGGAAGGACAGGGUCCCUCUCCGGUCCGCGCCAGACCCCGCGCCCCCGCCGCGCCCCCAACGCGUCCCCGCCACGCCCCCCACCCCGCGCACCGCCUCCCCGCCUCCCCGGACCCCUGACACCGCCACCCAGGGCGCGGACAAGCCAACGCGCUCCCGCCGCCGCCCCACAAGCCGCCUGCGCCUCGUCCUCCACUUGGUCUUCCCAAAGGGCCCUGACCCUGCUCCUCCGCCCAGCCAUCCUCCCUGCAGACGGGCAUCGCCACCUAGGCCCGGAGGAGGCGGCCUCCCCUCCGCCCCGGUGCCCUCGGCUCUCUGGCCUUCAGCGUCCGGCCCCACCGCCAGGCGCUCCAGGCCCUCCCUGCGUCUCCCAGCUGUCCGGGGCCAAACGGUUUGCCGGUGCGUGGAGAGCUCUGCCUGCUCGCCGCAGCGUGCCGCCCUCCAAGGGCCUCCUUCACCUUUCAAGGGCCAGCACAAAGCCCAGCCCCUAGAGCUCGCGCAGCUCGCGAGGCCAGCGCCUGGGCCGCCGCCCAGCCCCCCUCGAGCCCGCCAGGCGCCCGCGCCGCUGCCCCUUCGGCCGGCCCGGAGCCACAAGCCUCGCCCCGCCACCAGGUUCAGAAAUGCCCAGGGCUUGCGACAGCCGGGGCCCGCCAGCCAGCCGGGAGGAAGGACAGGGUCCCUCUCCGGUCCGCGCCAGACCCCGCGCCCCCGCCGCGCCCCCAACGCGUCCCCGCCACGCCCCCCACCCCGCGCACCGCCUCCCCGCCUCCCCGGACCCCUGACACCGCCACCCAGGGCGCGGACAAGCCAACGCGCUCCCGCCGCCGCCCCACAAGCCGCCUGCGCCUCGUCCUCCACUUGGUCUUCCCAAAGGGCCCUGACCCUGCUCCUCCGCCCAGCCAUCCUCCCUGCAGACGGGCAUCGCCACCUAGGCCCGGAGGAGGCGGCCUCCCCUCCGCCCCGGUGCCCUCGGCUCUCUGGCCUUCAGCGUCCGGCCCCACCGCCAGGCGCUCCAGGCCCUCCCUGCGUCUCCCAGCUGUCCGGGGCCAAACGGUUUGCCGCCCUUGAGCUCGCGCAGCUCGCGAGGCCAGCGCCUGGGCCGCCGCCCAGCCCCCCUCGAGCCCGCCAGGCGCCCGCGCCGCUGCCCCUUCGGCCGGCCCGGAGCCACAAGCCUCGCCCCGCCACCAGGUUCAGAAAUGCCCAGGGCUUGCGACAGCCGGGGCCCGCCAGCCAGCCGGGAGGAAGGACAGGGUCCCUCUCCGGUCCGCGCCAGACCCCGCGCCCCCGCCGCGCCCCCAACGCGUCCCCGCCACGCCCCCCACCCCGCGCACCGCCUCCCCGCCUCCCCGGACCCCUGACACCGCCACCCAGGGCGCGGACAAGCCAACGCGCUCCCGCCGCCGCCCCACAAGCCGCCUGCGCCUCGUCCUCCACUUGGUCUUCCCAAAGGGCCCUGACCCUGCUCCUCCGCCCAGCCAUCCUCCCUGCAGACGGGCAUCGCCACCUAGGCCCGGAGGAGGCGGCCUCCCCUCCGCCCCGGUGCCCUCGGCUCUCUGGCCUUCAGCGUCCGGCCCCACCGCCAGGCGCUCCAGGCCCUCCCUGCGUCUCCCAGCUGUCCGGGGCCAAACGGUUUGCCGAGCUCGCGCAGCUCGCGACGCCAGCGCCUGGGCCGCCGCCCAGCCCCCCUCGAGCCCGCCAGGCGCCCGCGCCGCUGCCCCUUCGGCCGGCCCGGAGCCACAAGCCUCGCCCCGCCACCAGGUUCAGAAAUGCCCAGGGCUUGCGACAGCCGGGGCCCGCCAGCCAGCCGGGAGGAAGGACAGGGUCCCUCUCCGGUCCGCGCCAGACCCCGCGCCCCCGCCGCGCCCCCAACGCGUCCCCGCCACGCCCCCCACCCCGCGCACCGCCUCCCCGCCUCCCCGGACCCCUGACACCGCCACCCAGGGCGCGGACAAGCCAACGCGCUCCCGCCGCCGCCCCACAAGCCGCCUGCGCCUCGUCCUCCACUUGGUCUUCCCAAAGGGCCCUGACCCUGCUCCUCCGCCCAGCCAUCCUCCCUGCAGACGGGCAUCGCCACCUAGGCCCGGAGGAGGCGGCCUCCCCUCCGCCCCGGUGCCCUCGGCUCUCUGGCCUUCAGCGUCCGGCCCCACCGCCAGGCGCUCCAGGCCCUCCCUGCGUCUCCCAGCUGUCCGGGGCCAAACGGUUUGCCGCCCCUAGAGCUCGCGCAGCUCGCGAGGCCAGCGCCUGGGCCGCCGCCCAGCCCCCCUCGAGCCCGCCAGGCGCCCGCGCCGCUGCCCCUUCGGCCGGCCCGGAGCCACAAGCCUCGCCCCGCCACCAGGUUCAGAAAUGCCCAGGGCUUGCGACAGCCGGGGCCCGCCAGCCAGCCGGGAGGAAGGACAGGGUCCCUCUCCGGUCCGCGCCAGACCCCGCGCCCCCGCCGCGCCCCCAACGCGUCCCCGCCACGCCCCCCACCCCGCGCACCGCCUCCCCGCCUCCCCGGACCCCUGACACCGCCACCCAGGGCGCGGACAAGCCAACGCGCUCCCGCCGCCGCCCCACAAGCCGCCUGCGCCUCGUCCUCCACUUGGUCUUCCCAAAGGGCCCUGACCCUGCUCCUCCGCCCAGCCAUCCUCCCUGCAGACGGGCAUCGCCACCUAGGCCCGGAGGAGGCGGCCUCCCCUCCGCCCCGGUGCCCUCGGCUCUCUGGCCUUCAGCGUCCGGCCCCACCGCCAGGCGCUCCAGGCCCUCCCUGCGUCUCCCAGCUGUCCGGGGCCAAACGGUUUGCCGGUGCGUGGAGAGCUCUGCCUGCUCGCCGCAGCGUGCCGCCCUCCAAGGGCCUCCUUCACCUUUCAAGGGCCAGCACAAAGCCCAGCCCCUAGAGCUCGCGCAGCUCGCGACGCCAGCGCCUGGGCCGCCGCCCAGCCCCCCUCGAGCCCGCCAGGCGCCCGCGCCGCUGCCCCUUCGGCCGGCCCGGAGCCACAAGCCUCGCCCCGCCACCAGGUUCAGAAAUGCCCAGGGCUUGCGACAGCCGGGGCCCGCCAGCCAGCCGGGAGGAAGGACAGGGUCCCUCUCCGGUCCGCGCCAGACCCCGCGCCCCCGCCGCGCCCCCAACGCGUCCCCGCCACGCCCCCCACCCCGCGCACCGCCUCCCCGCCUCCCCGGACCCCUGACACCGCCACCCAGGGCGCGGACAAGCCAACGCGCUCCCGCCGCCGCCCCACAAGCCGCCUGCGCCUCGUCCUCCACUUGGUCUUCCCAAAGGGCCCUGACCCUGCUCCUCCGCCCAGCCAUCCUCCCUGCAGACGGGCAUCGCCACCUAGGCCCGGAGGAGGCGGCCUCCCCUCCGCCCCGGUGCCCUCGGCUCUCUGGCCUUCAGCGUCCGGCCCCACCGCCAGGCGCUCCAGGCCCUCCCUGCGUCUCCCAGCUGUCCGGGGCCAAACGGUUUGCCGAGCUCGCGCAGCUCGCGACGCCAGCGCCUGGGCCGCCGCCCAGCCCCCCUCGAGCCCGCCAGGCGCCCGCGCCGCUGCCCCUUCGGCCGGCCCGGAGCCACAAGCCUCGCCCCGCCACCAGGUUCAGAAAUGCCCAGGGCUUGCGACAGCCGGGGCCCGCCAGCCAGCCGGGAGGAAGGACAGGGUCCCUCUCCGGUCCGCGCCAGACCCCGCGCCCCCGCCGCGCCCCCAACGCGUCCCCGCCACGCCCCCCACCCCGCGCACCGCCUCCCCGCCUCCCCGGACCCCUGACACCGCCACCCAGGGCGCGGACAAGCCAACGCGCUCCCGCCGCCGCCCCACAAGCCGCCUGCGCCUCGUCCUCCACUUGGUCUUCCCAAAGGGCCCUGACCCUGCUCCUCCGCCCAGCCAUCCUCCCUGCAGACGGGCAUCGCCACCUAGGCCCGGAGGAGGCGGCCUCCCCUCCGCCCCGGUGCCCUCGGCUCUCUGGCCUUCAGCGUCCGGCCCCACCGCCAGGUGCUCCAGGCCCUCCCUGCGUCUCCCAGCUGUCCGGGGCCAAACGGUUUGCCGCCCCUAGAGCUCGCGCAGCUCGCGACGCCAGCGCCUGGGCCGCCGCCCAGCCCCCCUCGAGCCCGCCAGGCGCCCGCGCCGCUGCCCCUUCGGCCGGCCCGGAGCCACAAGCCUCGCCCCGCCACCAGGUUCAGAAAUGCCCAGGGCUUGCGACAGCCGGGGCCCGCCAGCCAGCCGGGAGGAAGGACAGGGUCCCUCUCCGGUCCGCGCCAGACCCCGCGCCCCCGCCGCGCCCCCAACGCGUCCCCGCCACGCCCCCCACCCCGCGCACCGCCUCCCCGCCUCCCCGGACCCCUGACACCGCCACCCAGGGCGCGGACAAGCCAACGCGCUCCGGGUUUGCCGGUGUGUGCGUUUUCGUGUUCGGUUUUGCGUGUGUGUGA